AUGAAGUUGGAGCUGUCCCUGGUGGUGCAGGGCUGUUGGGUGGGUGUGCUGACGGGACACGGCAGGACAGCACUCCCUGAAGGUGUUUGCUGUAUGUACACCAGCUGCUGCACCAUGCCACAGCUCACCCAUGACACUCUGCACACACUGAACAACCUGCCCUCCUUCACACAGCUCACCUUGGACACACUGCUGCUGCAUGGCUUGGGGCGGCCAGACGAGGCACUGGCGUGCGUGGAGGUGGAGGUGGAUCUGUUUGAAAGCUUCUUCCCCUUUCAGGUGACAAAGUGAGGCUGUGCCCUCUCCUUCCCCUUCAACAUCAACACUGACCCAGAAUCCGCAGGUGCUGGUUCGGACAAGGACAAGCCAGAUGCUGGUGUUGGUGAGACGACUGGAACUGAUAAUCCCCAAGAAGACCAAACCAAGAUGACUCCUUUUAAAAUCAACCUGAAAGAUGAGAGGUACAGAGAUGACUUCAGUCAUGUGGGAUGUGGCUGCUACCACUGCAGGAACCACAAGAGGGCGUGUCUACGCCCUUUAGUGACCAAUGAGCUGCUGGCUGGAGUCCUGCUCAUGCUCCACAACAUGGCCCACUAAUGCGCCUUCUUCACCGCCCUUAGGGGGGGGGUGCUGGCCAGCGACAGACUGGACCUCCUCAAGAAGAGAGACUUUGUCCAUGAGCCGUUGAAAGGUGGCUGCGGCCCCGUGUAA